CCAGGGCGCCCUUGGCUUGGCUCCUCCGAUCGGGGCCCGGCCGGCCGCGCCAUGCUCGGGCCGGAGCGGCGGGCCCCGCGGCUUGCGCCCGACGACGACCUCCCCGAGGCCGCAGCAGUCGCGCCGGAGAGCCCGAGGAGCCGCCCGGGGGACCGGAGCGCCGAGGGGCCCCCGGCGCUGGAGCGUUCCGCCACGGAGGACCUGCGGAGCCGGUUGCAGCGCCGGAGGAGCUUCGACUGCGACGUGGACUCUGUCCCGCCGCCUUCUCCGAGCGGGGCGCCAGCACUGGCCGCCGCGUCCAAGACGCAGCCGCUGCUGCAGGGCAUCCAGGAGGCCCCGGAACCGCUGCCCGGGACGCCGCUCCGCAGGCGGGCCAUGUCCGAGGACACCCUCCGCUCGAAGAAGCUCAACAGGCUGGUGGAGGAGGGGCGGCAACGUAUUGGGCGCAGGAUUUGGUGGAGCCAUCCCUCAUUUCAUAUCUUACCAGCAGCCGAGUUUUCGCAGGUUUUGCGUAAGCUCCAAUGUUAUUGUGAUUGUGGCCUUUGCUAUAUCUAUGCCACUCGUGGUCGUGCUUCAAGUUCGUUCUUCUCUGAAGAAGCACGAGUCGUUGUUCUUGGAAGACUUGUCAGAUGCAUACGUACGGCUGGCCACAGCUCCUGUCGCAUGUGCACUCACUAACUGGUUUGUCCAGCACCUCCGACAUGCAUGUUUCUGGUGGGAGAAGGGAAAUAAGUCUAGUUCAAGGCGAUGGUGCUGUGACCCGCUAUCCGCACCACUGAUGCUGAUUGCCCUGUUGGCUCUGCUCAGGGACGCCUGCUCCUACGCCCUGAACGAGUACGCCGCGGGUUCGUUUAGGUACGCUCUCGGUGUGUUGAUCGCGUUCGUGUUGUUGGUCCUGUGGUUCAAGCUCCUGGACCUCGUUGACGAAGUUAUCAAGGGCAUGGCAGACGACCAGCAGAUAAUAAACAAUUUCAAGUCGGUGAAGAAGAUGCAAGGCAUCGUCAAGAGCAUCACCCGGCAUUCAUCGCAGGAGUCGAAGCGUCAGGAGUCAGAGUGUCAGGAGCACGAGGGUCAGCGGCAUCAACAGCAUAAGCAGGCUGAGAAAGACCUCGUGUAUUGCUUCAAGGAGACCAACACGGUGCCCGCGAAAGUUUUGGCGUACAUCUGGUGGCUGUAUUAUUUUUUUGCCCAUCUCAUCGGCGGCAUGAUCUUCAUCGCCGUCCUGCUCCAGGACCAGGAGACUAUCAGCCGCUUCAUCGUCGGUGGGCUGCUUGUGUCGAGUGCUGCCUCGGGGAGCCUGAUCUUCGAGCUGGGCCCCAACACCAUCAGCCUGCUUCGGCUCUCGCUGUACAAGCCGUUUUACGUGGGAGACCUCAUCACCCUGAACUCGACGGGCUCGAUGAGCUCCCCUGCCACCUCGAUCAUGGGGUUCGUGGAGAACAUAACAAUCAUGUAUGUGGUCAUCAGGAACUUCGAAAUGAAACAGACCUGGAUCAGCCACGACGUGUUCAACAAGAUGAUCAUCCAGAAUUGGACGCGGAGGCCGACGAAGACCGUGCUUCUGAACAUCGGCAUCAGCUGUCGCUGCCCGCUCGCACGCGUGGAGAAGGUUGUGGACUUCGCCAGGAGAUGGAUCAAGAAGUCUCCCGAGAUACAGCAGAAGAACUACCAGAAGUCCCACAUCACCAAGACCGGCAGCGGCUACAACCUCGAGGUGAUCUUCUUCCCCGUGAUCGGCGUCUCCCACCGGGCCAUCCGGCAGAAGUUUCUGGUGGCCUUCAUGGCCGCGGCGGAGCGCCUGAAGGUGCCGCUGGUGCCCCUGGGCCUCAUGUGCAACUUCGGCGAGGCGCCCGCCAGGGAUGCCGCGUGGCCGGCGCCCGACGCUCCGGGUGGCGGCGCCUACCCUGGGGAGGCGGAUGCUUUCGAGGAUCUCAUGCCCGGCCCCGAGGUGGAGCUGAAGGACGAGUGA